UGAUCUAAACAUGGAGGACAAAACAAGUCAUGAAUUGUUAAUGAGGAUGAACAAGGAGCUGCAGAAGGAACAAUCCAGCAAGACACUCCAAGAAAAUCUACAAGAGUGCUCAGUGCCCCCUUUCAAUAGCCAUAUUAUAUCUGAGUCACCCUGCUCUCAUAGCAACAUCUCCUUCCUCUCUGAUGGUCCAGACGUCUGUUCUGAUGUGGAGGACUUUAGUGAAAAUAAUAUAAGUGAAGGCCAAGUCUACAAUGUUCCAAACAAAGGCUUUUAUGAUGACUCCUUGUCCAAGCCAACAGGUUUGCUUUUGGAUUCACUGGACUCAGAACCAUCGUCCUGCGCGUCUUUGGGACCCCCAUCUUCAUGCUCAAGGCCCCUGCUUGGCUGCUGCAUAACACCAGCCUUCUCCCUGACUGAGGCACAGCAGGAGUUGAAGAUGCUGCAGCAGCAGCUUGGAGAAAGUGAGCCUUCCUGGCCCAGUCCCCCAUGUGGCAUGUAGCUUUGCAUGACAUGCCUAAGCCUUCCUGCAUGAUGCCUUUAUCACUGCCAAGCAUAGCAGAGACUAUAGUGCUGAUGUAGAAACCAGCAGACUGUGAGUGUGUAAAGGUUGCCUCUCCUUUUAGCUUAAGAAAGUGAA